AACGCGACGGGGGCGGGGGCGGCUCGCGGGGUCCCGUCGGGUGCAGAGCUGAGGUGACGCCGGCCGCGGCGCGGGAACAGGAAUCUCCUCUGUGGGCCGCUGUGGACGCCUAGGGCGCCGAGCAGGCUGCAGCACAGUCCUGGGCAGACUAAGAAAUGAGAAAAAUAUCCAAUUAUGGGGCCCCGCGGAUGAUGAAAGUGGUGUACCCCGUGGGGCUGUGCGUAGGCCUGUUCAUCUACGUGGCCUACAUCAAGUGGCACCAGCCCUCCACCCCCCAGGCCCUCUCCUCCAUCACUGGGGCAGCCCACACCUCUUCGGGAUCAGCUGCUCGUGCUCACGAGGUCUUCUAUGGAAUCAUGUUUGAUGCUGGGAGCACUGGCACUCGUGUGCACGUCUUCCAGUUUGCCCAGCCACCUGGAGAGACUCCCACCUUGACCCAUGAGACCUUCAAAGCUCUGAAGCCAGGGCUUUCUGCUUACGCUGAUGAUGUUGAGAAGAGUGCUCAGGGGAUCCAGGAACUGCUGGAUAUUGCUAAGCAGGAUAUUCCGUUCGACUUCUGGAAGGCCACCCCACUGGUCCUCAAGGCCACUGCCGGCCUGCGCCUGUUACCCGGAGAGAAGGCUCAGAAGCUGCUGCAGAAGGUGAAGGAGGUGUUUAAGGCGUCACCUUUCCUGGUAGGGGAUGACUGUGUUUCCAUCAUGAACGGAACUGAUGAAGGUAGAGUGGCUGGAAGCGCCUCCACAUGUGGCCCUGGAGGUGCUCCAUGCGCCGCCACCGCCGCCACUGCUGCUGCUGCUGCUGCUGCUGCUGCUGCUGCUGCUGUUGCUGCUGCUGCUUGGAGUCGGUGCACAGGGCUCCUUCCUUGGUCGAAGAUGGGUGUGUCUGCAUGGAUCACUGUCAACUUCCUGACAGGCAGCUUGCGAGGCCCAGGUAGAAGCAGUGUGGGCAUGCUGGAUCUAGGCGGCGGAUCCACUCAGAUCACCUUCCUUCCACGGGCCCAGGGCACGUUCGAGGCCUCCCCCCCUGGCCACCUGACAUCUCUGCAGAUGUUUAACAGGACCUACAGGCUGUAUUCCCACAGCUACCUGGGGCUGGGACUGAUGUCGGCGCGGCUGGCGAUCCUGGGUGGCAUGGAGGGGAGACCCGGAUGGCGAAGCAGCCAGGAUGGUGCAACUGAAGAUACUCAAGAAAGAAGACUCCAGAACUGCUGCAGAAAGUGGCAAGGAUGAUGGGAUGACUGUGUUCAAAGCCAGGGGGAGAAUUUAUAGGGGGUUAGUGGCAAUGUGCCUUUAUUGUAAUAAAAAUUUUUAAAUGUGUACAUUUACCAUAUUUUUUUAUCACACCUUGUACAUUCUGAGUUCUUUUUAGAAAGAGACACUAUUGAAAUCACUUCCGGGCUGGGGAUGUAGCUCAGUGGCACCACACCUGCCUGGCAAGUGCAAGGUCCCGAGUUUGAUCCCCAGAACCACACACACACACACACACACACAGACACAAAAAUUACUUCUGAAAGAGACUUUAAAGGAACCCAAGUAACCAUGCAGUCAUUCCCUACCUUGGGAGCCACCUUGCAUCAUAGUCAGCUCCCUGUCACUGACAGAAUUCCUGAGGCAUCAGCUUACAAGGAGGAAAGACUUGUUUCAGUGCCCGGCUCUGGAAUUUUCUACCUAUGGCCUAUUGGCCCUGCUGCUUAGGGACUGUGGCCAGGCAGCAUAUGGCAUGCAGCAGCUAGGAAGCAAGGAGAGGCAGGGACCAGAGUCAUGCUGUCCCCUCUGAUGGCACGUGCCCAGUGACCUAACUUCCUCCCACUGGGCCUUACCUCCCAAUACCAUUGCAGGCUGGGGACCAAACUUUACACAGGCCUUUGGGGCACUUAAGUUAACCAUAGCAACCUGAACAGAGCCUGGUUCUUCUGGCAGCAGAAGGUUUAUGAGGUGGUGACCCUGAGGCUGUUGCUGCACAGGGGAGCCUGUGAGAGCUCCCUUCUCUCCUCAUCUUUGCUCUGUGAAAGGUCAUAGAGCAGGCUUGGCUGCUUCUGGGCAUGAGAUCUGGGUAACCAUGAGGGCCCUGGAAGGCCCUUGGUGCCCUGCAUUGGGCUGAGGCCUUGUGUCCACACCUGGCAUGAGCUGGGUUUCUUACAGGCACUGACAGGUCUGGACCAGUGUGUGAGGCACCCAGAGCCCAGGAAGUCCCUGGCCGCCUUUGCCUUCUGACCCCUCCAGGGCUGGCUGUCCUGCUGGUAUGGGAACAUUCACCUGGCACGUUUGCACCUGGCACAUGUUCAGCUCCUUCUUCAAGUCCUGGCAGCAUCUUCCUGAUGGCUUCUCUUAACAAGAAGCAGGACAUAUGAGCCCUCACCACAGGGCCAGGAGGGAGGAGGAGGCACCUGCCCCUCCAUGCAGCUGUGGUGCCCCAGCCUGACCUCCACCCCCUUCCUGCUCACCGAAGACCUGGCCAGAGGGAUCAAGAUCAAUGCUGGGGCUGCAGGGCCUCCAUGAUUUCUGGCUGUGGCCCCCAUUUUGGCACUCCAAGGACCACAGUCAGUUUGUAUUAUGGUGGCAUAUGGUGGCACUUGACUGGCCCUGUCACCAGUCUGCUGGUCACUCACCCUGUGGCCAUCUGUGAAGCUGGGUAACAGUGCCCCCAUAGGGUCACCCCUAGGGACGCAAGCCAUGAACAGUCAUGGCAGUGUUUCCAGGCAGGAGGCUGCGUAGCCUCCAACGGGAGAAUUCCUCUCCUGGGCCUGGACUGUCCCCAGAGUCAGGUUCCUCUGUCACCAGCAGGGAAUGUGUUUCCUCACACCCAGCACCUUCAUUCUCCACCACAGCCCCUCUCAGCUGCAGGAGGUCCCUGGCUGAUGGUGGCACUGUGGUUUUCCUUCCUCCCUCCCUUUUUUCAUCCUCAUCUCUC